CUCGGUUGUACUUCGGUUGUAUUCGGCCAGCCAACCCAGUUUAACCAAAGACUCUCUAGACCUACGAAGAUCAUCACUCGUCUUCCAGUGAAGUACAUUGAGUCACCCGCCUGGGACCCACUGUGACACCAAUGGGAAUUGCCUUGCUGAGCCUGGAUGCUGCACCCAUUCAGCGGGACGGUGAGAGAUUCCAACCCGCUGGACCGAUGCUUUCCUCGGCCUAUGGCAGCGAAUCACCCGACUGUCUGCUCACUGAGAAGGGAGGAGCUUACUACGGGACAACGUAACAUUUCCGCAUGUCAAUAAAAAUACGUUUCUGAAGACAAGAGGAAGAAGUACACAGAUCAUGUGAAUAUGUGCUUAUGUGCAUUAUUAGUUUCAGUUGUACAAGUGCCCAAAGUUAGCGUGUAGUUUUGGUCACAUGGUACCAAGCCUGAACCAGCUGUCAGGUGCCGCCGCUUCUUCUCAAGGAAACAAACUUACUACGGAGUAUUUUAAACAAUGCAGGGAUUUAAAGCUGAUAGCCACUGAGCAGAUAGUGGUGUAAACAUGCUGAAGUUAAAGCCAAAGUUCGACCUGUACAGUGAUGUGGUGUCUGACAUCCUCAGGAAGGAAGCGUCGGUCUGCAGGGUGAAAGAAUACUCUGGAGCAGUGGACACUCGUAUCCUAAACAUUGAGAGAGAUGGGGGCAUCCUUUACUCCUGGAAGGGAGCAACAGGGACUACCAGGAUUGGGAAAUUUGACUCCAACACCAAACAGAACAAGCUCCUGUACACAUUUGACAAGCAGGUGUGUGUCAGCAGCUGCUCCCUGAACAAGGAGGAGACGCUGUUAGCUGUCAGCUUGGCACAAAACACCAGAGGAGAGGAGCGCCUCAAACCAAUAUCCAAGUGUCUAACUCUCCUGAUUGAGAUCCAUCCCAUCAACAACACUAAAGUCCUAAAGGCAGUAGACUGCAGGGUCAAAGUGCAGUUCCUCCACUCAGAAAGUGACAGGAGAUCAGUACUGGAGAGCCACCUGCUGCUGCUGACUGAGGACGGAUAUGUGGAUCUCUACCAUGUUCUGCUGACAAGACAGGAGGGUUACAGAAUGGUGAUGGCUUAUCCCGAGCGUUUGUCGAAAGCGGCGGAGAGAGUAGUGGAGGACUUCUGCUGGCUCCAGUGGGACGGACACACACAAAGAGUCUACUAUCUCACACAUCAUGUAACACACACUCAGGACAAGUUCCUCAUGCAAUGUGUGCAGUUUUACCCCAACCAUAACUGCGAAACUGUGUUGGAAUUCCCGUUUGAGUUGCCUGCUAAUCCUUUCCACACAGUCAACUUUGUAAAUCUGGGUUUUGACCAUUACCACGUGGAGAGACCGGAGCAGGAGCUCGUUAGGAUGAAAGUGUUCACAAACAGAAUAGAAAGAAGCAUGUAUGUGUGCUCCAGCCAACAUCUUAAAGACAAACAGGAACUGAUCUACACUGUGCUUUUAGUCCACACAGGCUGCAGCAAGACGUUCAGAGUGUCUCUGGGCGGCGACCAGAAAGGCACACAGCGCCAUCCGAUCUUCAUCCCUAUAGGUUACCACAUUGUGGUGUAUCUGCAGGACUAUUUCCUCCAUUUGAUCAACACCAGGCAGCAGGAGAUGCUCUGUCACUCCCUCUUUCUCUCAGGUCUGGACGUGGACUUGGGCCUGCAGUGUCAGUCAGCUAACGUCACAGUGUUGCAUGCAGAAGAAGAGUCCAGUGGGAGUCUGUUGGACCUGGCCAGCGGGAGGAUCCACACUGCCGAGCUUAGACCUGCCUUCCUGCUGCAGAUACUGCGAUCAGACACUCCUUCCAGGUGUCCCAGCAGUAAGACUGACCCUCAGCGCCUGGCUGCCCUCCACUGCCUGCUGGUUUACAUGGGAAACGACCCAAACCUGGAGCUGAAGAUCAUUGAAUGGCUGUGUGACAACGUGAAUGCCUUCGAAUCCUUUGAUCAGAUCCAGGAGUUCAUUCUAGCGUCUUUGUACAGAAUAAGCUAUGAGAAGUCGCUCAGCCUGGAUAAAGUCCUGCCUUACUCCUCUGUGCUCGACAAGAAGGAGAUACCAGCUUGUCUGUUGGAGGUCCCUGGUGUGUUGUGUACCACUGAGCUGCAUAUUGAACCUGUAUUCAAAGGCAAGGCCAGAAGUCUCCAGGGUUUCUGGUCAGAGCUGCAGUGGAACACAGAGAAGACAAAAUAUCUGGAUGCUAUUCCCAACCCCAGAUUCAGAACCUCAGACAUACAAGCCGACUGGGAUAAACUGAGGUCAGAGAAGAGCCCAUCCAGCCACAAAAAUCACAUCGAGGAGAACACAAAGAAAGUUCUAUCAAUGGUGGACACCUGGUGUCUUGAUAAGAAGCUGGUGCCACUUUUCCAGGAGGAGGACUAUCAACAGAGGGUGCUCAUAGGCCUGACAGUUGACAAGCUUCGAGAGCAUCUGAACAGACACCUGCCUCGACUGGGCAAGAAGAAGAUUGACUCGCUGGUUGUCAACUACGUAGCCAAACUGCUGGAGCUCAUCAGACACAUGCUGGAGUCCGUCUGGCUGAAGUACAAACUGGGCCCUCAUGUUUUGUGCUUCACACAGCAGGGCAGUCCAGCCGAGUGGUCCGUGUUACACUUUAUGUUUCGGAUCCUGGAAGCCACGAGGGGUCUCUGCCUGCCCCUCCCACCUGGCUAUCACACUCUAUUAGCAGUGUUUGCUGUGCGUUGCCUUCCCCAUCACACCUUCCUUCAGUACAUUGACCACGGCUUCCUGCAGCUCACUGAGACCUUUGUGUCUCGGCUCAUGAAAGAUUUGGACAACAGUGAUGCCAAAGAGAGACUGAAGUUCAGCAUACUGAAGAGACUCCCUGAGCCUAUGGACCAGAGGAUCUACCAUAUGUGGGACCAUCCUAUCAGUUCAGCUUCGAUCUCAAGAGAUUAUGUCAGAACUCUGCUGGAGAAACUCAACAAAAACAAGGGAUUUGCAUUUACCGGCAGAGACAAGCCAGGCUUCAGACCUGAGUUUCUUCCUCUUACCUACCUGGCAAAAAUACUCUCGGAUAUAGAGGAACAAGCUCUGAACCCUUUCGAGGAGCAGGAGAACGUGGACGCCAGGUUCGUGGAGGAGACGGCUCUGAAACAGACACUAAUACUGCUGGGCUUUGAGGAAAAAUGAAACAUGCGGAGGGGAGCGGGAGGGCGCCUCUACGGAUGGAUUGAGGGAGAAACAGAUGAGGGGGAAAAUGUGUUUGAGAGAAAAGUCAUCAUUGACUGGGCCUUGAGGAUAAGUAACCGAUGGAUGGAUGAUGGAGGGACGGAGGGCGAGACGUGAAAGAUGAAUGGAGAGAGUGAAAGGCAGAGCGCUCAUAAACAAAGCUCUCACUUUUUGAUGAUAGAUUAGGGUGGGGUGGAAGGAAAGACGGAUGGAGACGCCCAGAAAAGAAAGAUGGAGGGGAGAAUAUGAGGCAGAAUGGAUGACAUUGUCACCCUGAUUUUUUUAUGCUAAAAACUAAGGUGUACGAGGGACAAUAUGAACAGUACCAAAAACUCUUAACGCACUAGAGAACACGGUCAGAUCUUCAGGUUGUGUUUUAAUUCAAUUUCAGGAAACAUGCUUUUCAAAUGUUUAUUGAAAAUCAAUAACAGCAGGCAGCUUUUAAUAUGAAUGGUAGUAGCAACAAUUAUUUCCAUAACUUCUCCAUUUUCCCCUCGUACAAUUUAUGAAUGUCGAUGUCAAGUACUUCAAUCAGUAUUUGUAAAUCAAACACACUUGUUUUUUCCUCCCGUGCUUCCCGUCAUGCCGCUGAACCCCAUCAACUUGAUUACAUGCUGACACAAGCUGUGCAGACUGAGUGGUCAGUCAGCUGCCAUGCAUUCAAUCUGAUAUCAACUCUGAGUCAUACACAGUGUUUUCAGCUGAGAGGGGCCGAGGUAUAACUCAGGGAGACUACCUGGCACAUUUAAAAUACACUACCUCCCCCCCAACCAGAUAUGUAGUUGUAAACUGAAUGUACACAUUAACAUGGACUCUUACUCUUUAUAUACACUGAUUGCUACUUUUUAUGAAAACCAUAGAUUUUAACUGAGAUGAAAUAAAAAUGGUUGAAUCCGGAACAAAAUGUGGGAAAUUCACUGUUGGUUCCUGGCUGUCGAAUGGACAAUAAGGCCUCGGUGUCAUUACCAUCUGGGUAUAUUUUGAGGCUCGUGCUGGGAAGAUACCUACAGUAUGUGUGUGUUUUUAUGCAAAGCUAAAGUUUUCUAAUGUUAAACAUUGUCUAAAGUGACCGUAGUAACUUAGGCUAGCUAAAAUAGUCUUUAACUGGUUAAAUUUGGAUUAAAAGUGAUACUCUUUAAUUUUUUAAAGAAGAAAUAAGACAUUCUCAGUUCAGAAGAUGUAUUACCUUGAUACAUAUAGAUACAUUGUUCUACAUAAUCCUUUGCCAAAGUUUGCUAAAGUUAAACAUUGUCUAAAACUAUUUAAAGAAAAGAACAUAAAAGAACUAAAGUGAAUAACUAAAAUAGUCUUUAACUGGCACAUGUUUGAUUAAAUGAGACACAAACAUUCAUAAGAAAUAGUUAAAAACUAGCGUUUGACUUGAUUCUGGAUAUUUCAACUUUAUUCUCGAAAUACGAAAUCAAAAAAAGUAUUGAAACCCAGCCCUACUAAAUUUGAGCCCCAAUAUAUUUAGGUGAACUUUAAAGUAACUAUAUAUAUAUUUAAAAGUCUACAAAAUGCUUUACAAUCCAUUAAAUGGAACAAGACAGUAAAGAGUUAAUGACAGGGCAUUAGGACUUUAAUUUAUAAAGAAAAGAGUGACGCAUUCAAAGGUCUGGUUUGAAUAUGGUGCCUGUGUGCCCUCAAUCAUGACUGAGCUCAUACUGUAAGAGGAGAAAUUCUUUGGAAGUGUAUGUGCGUGUGUGUGAGACAUGUGUUCAUAAUCUUUUUUAUAGUGUCUGAAUGUUGGCACCAUCUGAGACUAAAUACCGGAGAUUAUUUACAUCUCAUGUCGCACUUUGAUUUGAGAAAUUACAAAACAUUACUCUUUGAUAAAAAGGGAUUUCGUAAUCACUCGCGUUUCUUACGUUUACACACAAAACGUUUUGUAACAUGAAUUGUAAAUAAAGAGAUUUUUCUUUUCAA